AGAUUAAUAAUCCGAACCAGGUGAAUGAACCUUUCCCAAUUCAUCCACCUAUAUAAGCCUCUCCCUAUCAUUAAUCAUCAAUCGAAAACAGUAUUAGAUUUUGUUCCAAAUAUAAACUACUAGACUUGAAAACAUUUGAUUCGAUUUUGCAAAAGAUUGAUGGGAAAUAAUGGGUUUGAUUCCGAUUUUGCUCUUCUUGAGUCUAUUCGCCGUCAUCUGUUAGAUGAUUCCACCAUGUAUUCCGGCGGUGGAGCUCCACCGAUGAAUUGCCGGACCAACACCCUGUUUCCUUGCUUAUCAGACACCUGGGGUGAAUUACCCUUGAAACAGAACGAUUCUGAUGACAUGUUAAUAGCUCGGUUUCUUCACGAAACGUUGGAUUUCGAGGGCCUCCUGUCGCCGGGAAAGACAAUGAUACCAAACAUUGCCACUGUUAAAUCUGAGCCGGAGGUUUUUGUGGGAUCGCCGGAGAUUUCAAGUUAUGAAAAUGGAUCGCCGCCGCAGACGGUGGGAGUUGAUGAUGUGACGCAACAGAAGGGGAAACAUUACAGGGGUGUGCGACGACGGCCUUGGGGUAAAUUCGCGGCUGAAAUUCGGGAUCCGGCGAAGAAUGGUGCUCGGGUGUGGCUAGGGACGUUUGAGACGGCGGAAGAUGCGGCGUUUGCAUAUGACAGGGCGGCGUAUAAGAUGCGUGGUUCUCCGGCGAACUCAUCGGAAGAUCGAUCGCUCAAGAGGACAAAGAAGGUGGAACAAAUCCACGUGGCGAAUAGUUAGUGGUUGAUGGAUGCUGACUGUAACUGUGGAUUACCUUUUUUUUUUUUUAAUUUCGUAUUUUAUCGUGUAAAUAGCUGUUUUUUUGUGCAUAAAUGACAAAUUUAUUAUUUUUUUAUUCAUACAAAAUCCAACUUAUUUUCGA